AGAAAGUAUACUUAAAUGCAACAAAAUAUUAUUUACUUUCUGCUUCGUCUUUCCUUGUUUAUAUUUUUGCAUAUGUUAAGUCAAACUAUAAUUAAUACGAGAUUCGAGAAUGUUAGCUUUAGAUUAUUUGUCAGUUUUCUUGAUUUUCUAUCAGUUUCUCAUCUUUAAUUCAGUUCAAGCUCAGAAUCAAUCCCGAGAUAGCUGCCCCGAGGAAUUCAAUUGUGGGAGCUUUGGAAAUGUGAGGUUUCCUUUUUCUGUAUCCUCACAACCUGCUUGUGGAUUGUACACAAUAGAUUGUGAUACUAAACCAAAUCCAACAAUUCAUUUGGGAGGAAAUGUUUACACUGCUCUGGAACAACGUUCGUAUAAUAGUUAUAGAGUUUUAGACCUUAGGUUUAAUGAUUUAUUGGCAAGAAACAGUUGCCAUUCUUUUGAUAAAAGUAUAUCUUUUCCAAGUUCUCCUGCUGUCUCGUUGAGAACCAACGAACGCAAUAUUACCUUGUUCAAAUGCAACAACAGUCUAGACAUCAGCAGGAGGAUGAAUGAUCACUAUUUUCGUGACUAUAAGAAUUAUACUGAAUGUAGUGGCUUCGGCAUUUACUACAAGUAUCCGACAACAUGGAGGGAAGGCUACUCGGAUGCACCAGAUGGAGGUAUUCCUGAUAACUGUUCACUGGUUCAGUUACCAAUUAAAUGGAGGUCACAGUUAGCUCAAAAUAGUAGCUUGUUUGAUCUCUUAACCGCGAAUUUUACAAUUCAGUGGAGCCUGUCUGAUGAUUGUAGUAAAUGUUACUAUCAAGGAGGUCGAUGUUUAGCUGAUAGCAACAACAAAUUUCUUUGUUCCUCCAAUCCCAAAGCAAAAAGAAAGUCGAAGCGAAUUCUAGUUAUAGUUUUAUCUGCAGUAAUUGGCUUGAUCCUUUCAAUUUGCCUUAGUAUUUUUAUCUGGCGUUUCAAGAAAGGAAAGGGUGGUUGUUCUUACUUCUUCACAAGAAAUACAUAUUCUGAUUCCUUGAGGCAUGAUCUUGAAGGCGGCAGCAAGUACUUUGGAGUUCCUGUCUUCUCCUACUCUACACUUGAAGAAGCCACCAAUAAUUUCGAUUCCUCCAAAGAACUUGGAGACGGAGGUUUUGGAACUGUAUACCAUGGUAAACUUCGUGAUGGGAGGGAAGUUGCAGUGAAACGCCUGUACGAGCAAAGUUCCAAGAGGAUGGUGCAAUUUAAGAAUGAAGUUGAAAUUCUUACUCGCCUAAGGCACCAGAAUCUUGUUAUGCUUUAUGGUUGCACAUCAAGGCAUAGUCGUGAACUCCUCCUCGUUUAUGAAUACAUUCCAAAUGGAACAAUUGCUGAUCACCUCCAUGGUGAUAAAGCAAAGAAUGGGAGUACCCUUAUAUGGCCUAUCCGCAUGAAAAUUGCCAUAGAAACUGCCAGCGCUUUAGCUUAUCUCCACGCUUCUGACAUAAUACACCGCGAUGUUAAGACUACUAACAUUCUCCUUGACAACAAUUUUGGUGUCAAAGUUGCGGAUUUUGGGCUAUCAAGACUUUCUCCACAUGAUGCAACUCAUAUCUCGACUGCUCCUCAGGGGACGCCUGGAUAUGUCGAUCCAGAAUAUCAUGCAUGUUAUCAGUUAACUAAUAAAAGCGAUGUGUAUAGCUUCGGGGUUGUCCUUGUUGAGCUGAUAUCAUCACUGCCUGCUGUGGAUAUAAGUAGACAUAAGGAUGAAAUUAGUUUGGCUAACUUUGCAUUAAACAAGAUUUUGAAAUGUGCAUUUGAGGAGUUGAUUGAUCCAUCUCUUGGUUACGCGUCGGAUGCUGAAGUUAGGAGAAUGACUACUUCAGUUGCAGAGCUAGCUUUUCAAUGUCUGCAACUUGAGAAGGAGAUGAGGCCAAGAAUGGAUGAAGUGCUGGAAAUUCUAAAGGCGAUUCGGAGGGGCGAGUUUGAAAACCAGAAGAAAGAAGAGAUUAAUGUCAUUGACAAUGUAGAUGAAUCAGAAGAUAAUGUACAAUUGAUGAAAUCUACAUUACAUCUUUCACCAAAUUCUGUGAAUGAUAGGUGGGUUAGUGAAUCUACCACAGCUAGUAUUAGCGGGUGAAAUCCCUUAGGUUGGUUACUAACAACUUCAUUAUUUUUCAGCUUUCACUCUCUUCUCAUUAUUUUUGGCUCUCUGCUUGUUGAUCAGUUCACUGCCUAAUUGUCUUUUAUUAAAAUCCCUUAUGCAUCAAGAAUAUAUGGAAUCCAAAUAGUAUAAUUACGUUUGUGGAUGCAUUUCAGGACACAUGCAAUGAA